AUGCGAGGCGCGAAGGCAAGGACGAACUUCGUGUACCCUGAUUCUCCUCCUCAUCCUCAUCCACACCAUCACCAUCACAAUUUUCGUCACUCUGAACUGUUCGAAGCGUUCAACUUCCCGAAGCAGCAGUGCCACGUCAGCAAGUUAGUUCAGAGCGGCCGCCAUGGCGUAACUGCUCCAUUAUCGACUCAGCAGCAGCACCGAAACAUCGCUAACAAUUCUCAUCAUUCCCUGAACAUGCUUUUGUUCCGCGAGUUUCUGAAUUCGAAUCCGUGUUUGGUUUCUUCUUCUGCUGCUGCUGCUGGUGGUGUUGGUUCUAGUGGUGCUAAUAAUAGUCCUUAUCAGUAUUGCAUGAAGGAGGGUGGUUCGGCUUGCUGCUUCAAUGGUAACUGUUGCGGUGGUGGUUCCAACAACGGCACGACGGAUGUUAUUGUUGAAGGUGUCGAGGAAGAAGAUCAGUCGUUAUUGGAGUUGUUCCCUAGAGAGUCUUCAAACUCUGGUCUGUUGGAAGAGAUAGUUCAACGCUUCUUGCCGAAAUCCAAAACCGUUCCAAACAAGAAUUGCGACAGCACUUUGAAGCUGAAACCCGAGGCAGCGGCAGUUUCGUUUCCUCAUCAUCAACAACAACAACAACAGGGCUAUGAUGAUGACAGCAGGAUGAUGAGGGGUUUUGAUCAUCAAAAUUUUCCUGUUCAGCAAUUUGAUUAUGGCUUUAACCCUAUUCAUGAGGCCUCAUCGAUGACCAUGCCUGUGGGGAACGAACAGUUGAUGAUGAACCCUACUACUGCUAUGCUGGAAGAUGCUUUUCAGUAUCAACAAUUUCUGAAUGCCUUUGCGGCCAGAAUGCAGAAUGCUUAA